AGGUUAUUUAGAAAGAGAAUACUUUGCUGAACAGACCAGCACAAGAUGACUUAUGAUUCUUACACUUCAUGGGAGCCUGUCUGGAUCGUCCCUGCAGAACGCUACAGCUUCCUUCCCUCUUCAGUAUUCUUGGCUUGCGGAGUCAUAAACCUUGGUGGAACUUCGGAUGGAAAUACUGACAUGACUUUAAGAACUUUGACGCUUUCAGACAUUGAAUUUUGAUUUGUUAAAUGACCAGGAAUAAGAUACUGCCUGAACAAGAUGAAAUGCCUUGAAGACCUUUGGUUCUGCUUUCAUUUCUCCUGAAGCAAUGGUUUUCUCAGCAAUGUUGACGCUGGCCCACUCUGGGACCUCAAAUGCUACUUUUAUUGUUUAUGAAAAUGCCUAUACGAAUUUUACCACUCCACAGUUCUUGCUUCGUAGUGGCACGACGCAGCCAUUGAGAUAUAGUUCGGGUGCUGUGCUCACCACCGAGAGAAGUACUUUUCUGGUAAACACUACAGCUAUCCUGCCAUCGCAAGAAGUUUUCAGGAGCUUGAGUUUGCCACUCCAGAUCAUUCUUUCUGCUGCUAUGAUAUUUAUCCUGUUGGUUUCUUUCCUUGGAAACUUUGUGGUCUGCCUCAUGGUCUACCAGAAGGCAGCUAUGCGAUCUGCAAUUAACAUCCUCUUAGCGAGCCUGGCUUUCGCAGACAUGCUGCUGGCAGUGCUGAACAUGCCUUUUGCUCUAGUAACAAUCAUUACCACCCGGUGGAUUUUUGGGGAUAUAUUUUGCAGAGUCUCUGCCAUGUUCUUCUGGCUUUUUGUCAUAGAGGGGGUAGCCAUUCUUCUUAUUAUUAGCAUUGACCGAUUUCUUAUCAUAGUUCAGAGGCAAGAUAAACUGAACCCUUAUCGUGCAAAGAUUCUCAUUGUGAUUUCCUGGGCGGCAUCCUUUGUUGUUGCUUUUCCGUUAUCAGUAGGGAAUCCUAACCUGCAGGUACCCUCGAGAGCACCUCAGUGUGUUUUUGGCUACUCUACAAGCCCAGGUUACCGAGCCUACGUGAUAGUUAUCUUGCUAAUUUCUUUUUUUAUUCCGUUCCUGGUAAUGCUGUAUUCUUUUAUGGGCAUACUCAACACGGUCCGCCACAACGCAGUUCGUAUCCACAGCCACCCUGAUAGCAUAUGCCUCAGCCAGGCCAGCAAACUCGGUCUCAUGAGCUUACAGAGACCUUUCCAGAUGAAUAUUGAUAUGAGCUUUAAAACUCGUGCCUUCACAACCAUCUUGAUUUUGUUCCUUGUCUUCAUAGUCUGUUGGGCGCCCUUCACCACGUACAGCCUUAUUGCCACAUUCAACAGCCACUUCUACUACAAGCACAACUUUUUCGAGAUAAGCACUUGGCUCCUUUGGCUCUGCUACCUCAAGUCUGCACUGAACCCACUGAUUUACUACUGGAGGAUUAAGAAGUUUCAUGAUGCAUGCUUGGACUUGAUGCCCAAAUACUUCAAGUUUUUGCCCCAGCUUCCUGGCCACACCAGGCGGCGCAUCCGACCCAGCGCCAUCUACGUGUGCGGGGAGCAUCGGUCGGUGGUCUGAAGCUGUGGUUGCUUGACAAUGAUUGUUAUUUCCUGGGAUUGUUUGUUUUUUAGGCUUUAGGUUGAAUUUUGUUUUGUUUAAUAUGGCUUUUUCCAUGUGGCCAUAUCUUAUAACUUGAUUAAAUUUUCCAGUUCUCUGUGCAAUUUUCGGGAGGAGAGAUAAAGGGAGGGAAAGUUGGUUACCGUUGGGUUUACUACCAGAAUACAAUGUAAAAACAAAAUAACAAAUGUUACCUCUAGGAUUCCAUGGAAAUCCAUUGUUUUAAAUGAGAAAAACCUACAUUUGUAACAUUUUGUCAGGUUUAUGCUUACUAGGCCUACAAUUGCAUCUAAUUGUAGGGACUUUUUAUGCUGCUAAGAUACAGUAUAUUGAGUUGGUGUAAUUUUUCUGAAAAAUGUUGCUGCUGUUUGCCAAUAUAUUAGAGCCAAAAAGUCUCGUUAGGUUACUUCUAUUUAAUUUAAACAAUAUUUCAGAAGUUUUCAUGGUGACACUAGAAAACUUUUUUCUUCUUCUUUUUUUUUUUUUUAGUAUUUCCAUUAAUAUUUUUGUGCACUUUACAAAAUUUACGAUGGAAUUUGUUCAUUGGAAUAUUUUGUUCUAUAUUGAAGGGGUGUUAUUAUUAUUUGUUAUAUCAGUGAAUUUCAAUGAAAGACCCGUGUAAGCUCUAGGAGGGCAAUUUCUGUUGGUAUAGCUACACAUACAGGCAUAGGUUUUCUGUUUUUCUAAAAAUUGAUCAAAAGUAACAUUAACUGCUCAGUUAACGGGGAAGUUGGAGGGAGAAAAGGGAGGAAUGAAGGGAAAGAAAGCAACGAAAAUACCACAACCUCAGGUUUAGGCUAACAUGAGAUUUAGGAAAAUAGAGUGAAAAUUGUUACAGGGGGGAAAGGGUGGCUGUAGUUUAUUUUAGGCUGUUACAAGCUGGCCAGACCUGAGGGUGUGCCUGAGAACCUCUCUGGAAUUGUAACUUUGGGCCUUCAAUUUACACUGUAUUGGUGUCACACUGUUUCUGCUUGGAGCUCAUCUAAGGCUGUGCACUCUACGCUGCUGAAAUCGUGCAGUCAGGCAUUCGUUGGGGUAGAACUAGAAAUAGUAGGGAAACCAGCAAACAAAUAGCACGUGAACCAUAGCUGAGGCUAGGACUUAGUCUACACAGUAAUGACUAAGGAAAUGACUUAGCUUGUUUUCCAGUUUAAGUAUUAGACUGAAACCAUAAAAUGAUAAUAAUGAAUAACAGUUGGCCAGUGGAGUUUGCUGGGGAUGCAAGUUCAAUUCCCCUUUUCCCUCCAAUACCACUUCACAUUGAUUCUUUUUUUUUCUUUCUUUUGUUGCCCUGUUUCCUCUGUAGGAACUGCCUCCGGCAGUUACUCUGCUGCCCUCAUCUACUGAGCUUCAGCUUCUCCCUGAAAUGCCAGACCACCUUUCUCAUUAAUGUCAGGCUGUCAUGGUACCUGCCUACAAAGCAGAAAGGCAAAGGUUUUCCUUGAUGAUAGCAAUCUAGACUGAGGGGUUUAUUUUAUUUUAUUUUUAAUCAGCUAAAUAAAUAUUCAGUGUGAGGUAAAUAAAAUAAGACUUAGAUUUGGGCUUUGAAGUGAGAUCCCCAGUUGCUCUGAGGCUUCCAUCUCUCUUUCAGUACCCCAAGGCUUGGGGACCUCUUCAUUGUUCUUGUACCCAAGGAACAGAUAAUGGCAAUUUUAUCUAUUUCUGCAUAAAUAUUGAAGUGAGGGUAUGAAGGAAACGCCCCGUACUGUGUGGAUGCCCAGAUGCUGCUUGCUUCCUGAGGCCAACUGAACAUUUACACCCCAGAUUUUAUUUAGCUCUUCAGUGAAGAACUAAUUUGACAGUUCUUUCUUGUUCUUAUAGACACAUAUCGGUAAAAGUGAUGGCAAUAGUUAAAUUUCAGGAGUAUAAAAGCAACAACUGUGAUUUUAGUAAUUUCUUUUUAAAAAAAAAACAAGACUGAUAAGCUGAGGUUGUGGGUUACAUGUAGAGGCACCCAGGCGGUGGUGACGUUAUUGAUGUCCCUGCUUUUCUGUUCCUUAUCAACUUCACUGCUGACAGUGUGGAUUUUUCUGAUCAAAUUGACGGGCAGUAAAGGAGUUGUGCUGCAAAACAGAGUGUUUUAGUGUGUCUUUGCAGUAUAUAGCUUUUAUUUCUCAAUUACAUUUACAUUGAUAGCGGAAGUUUAUGACCUGGUUAGUAUGGAUUUUCUGUUCCAGAGCUGUCGUGCCUGUUUAUCUCUGAAAGCAGCACAAUUGUGCUUAGAGCUUAUGUAAUAGAGUGAGAGUAUACACUGUCUAAGAUGGCAGGAACAGGUAUUUUUGCUGUCUUCCAGAGCUAUAAUGUGAGAGGUUUGAAUGAAUGUCGUAAAACAUAACUCAAGAGGGAAAGAAGAUGAGUAAUACAGGAAAGUCGGUGAAAUUGCUUUCUUGAAGGGGGAAGGGAAAAGGUUUUGUGAGGAUUUCGUAAGCUCUGUCUGAUAAGUACUGGCUGAGAAGUAGAAAUUGCAAACAUCAAAGAAAGUUAAUUUGUCUUGAUAAUUUAUUGUUUGUUUACACUGUCUGGAACAGAGAUUCUGCUCAGAGCUGUGUCUGCUGAUGCUCCGAGAAAAGAAAUGCAAAUUGUGUGGCCCAAAUUCUGAGGUGAAUUAACGUGGCACUUCCCCAGGUUUUGGAGUUGAUCAGUGGUGUUCCAAAAAAAGAAAAAAAAGGCAGCAUAGAAAUAUCCCCAGGGUACUGAUGUGUUUACAGAACCAUUUGGCCUAUUGUGUUUAAUAUCCUGUCUUUAGAGCAGUGCCUUGAUAAUUACAGCUGAAGUCCUAGGACCAAGUUGAACCCCCUAAACUGCUCAGUCUGCGAUCCUGCCAAGAUCAGCAGAACCUUGCUAAUGUUUGUAAUGCUAAAACACCCACGUGUGGGCAGGAUUGGGGCUCCUGAGGACUUUAGUGGGCUUGACCUUGACCAAGACCAAGGAUUUUAAAAACUGAAAUUGAUCUGUCUUCAUUCUACUGGGGAAUUAUGAUUUUCUUCCUCUCUAGAAAUGAUACUUGUUACUGAUCUGUAUUCCCUCAUGUUACAUUUCCAGAGAUCUUUGGUAUGGAGGAUUGAAAUGAAUGUAUUUUGAAUUACGUUGCAUUUUAAUUCAUUCUGUCGAAGCAUGCUGCUUACAUAAAUCUCAUUUGUACAAAUCUAUUGCUAAAAUGAUUCUUUUGUGCUCAGUUGUGUAUUUUUGACACUUCUUGUUACUCACGUAAAAAUAUUUAUGUAUAUAGAGAAGAAAAUUGUUUUGCCUCUUACUGCUUUCGGUUACUUUUUUUUUUUCCACUUGUAUGGUUAAUGUUUGCAUAUUUUCUUUCAUUUGGGCAUAUGCAUAAACAGCAGCCAGGUUUCAGUGGUCUUUCUGCAAUCAUCUGAGAUUUUUUAAUUCUCAAAUCAUUAAAAAAUGCCCUCCUUGAAAGAUAUUUUGAUUUAUUUUUGUGUGAAGAAUAAAACUCAGAGCACAAGUUUGUUGCAGUUGGAAUAGUGAGGAAUUUCUUAAGCCCAGGAGCCACUACUUUGCCAUUAUGAACUGGUUUGAUUUUUUUCUUUUUUUUUUUUUUUGAGGAAUAGUCAUAUUCUGAUGUGGAGAAACCUUGAAUUACUGUUUUUAAAAAAGCUGUUGAGUAGAAUGGCAUUGUCUUUUCUGUACAUAUUACACCUGUGAAAAUACCUGAGAAACAAACAAAACAAAAAAAAUAAACAUGAACGUUCUCCAAAAA